GUGUAACAAGCAAGUAGAACAGUAUUUUAUUCUUGGGACCGGUUUUACACAACCCUAUAUGUACAUGAACAUACACACAUUUCGUGAUUAUCCGUGGGUCAAAAAGGUUUUGUAUAUAUUUUCGUAUACACUUCCAUGAAACUUUCGCUUUUCAUACCUAUUGUUAGUAUGCUAACGGCCUCGAAGACACACGAACGAAAUAAGAAACUAAUUCUAAUCGACGAAGAAGCUGUUAACGUAACAUGUCUUUCGAGGAUCUGAAAGUGGAACGCAUCAAGGAUGAACUGGCGGCUGAAUUAUUGAAACGAUAUCCGUGUCAUAAAGACGGUUUCGUUAAAGUCGGUCAGAAAGAGUGGUUCUUGCCGUAUAAAUAUGUUGAGAAGGGUGGCAAGAUAUAUAAUUUCAAAAUUCGUCCAGAUGAUACAUGGGUCAUUACUCAUCCCAGAUCAGGUACAACAAUGACGCAGGAACUUGUAUGGUUGAUCGCCAAUGACAUGAAUUUCGAAGAAGCACGUCGAAGAUAUUUAAGAGACAGAGUUCCCUUUAUAGACUUCGAGAUAAUAUUAGACGACUAUUUGAUAAAAGGCUUAUCUGAAAAAGUUAAUGCUGAGAAAUUUGAUGAGGAAUAUAGUAUCGAAUUUGUGCAAAGUCAGCCUUCGCCGCGUUUCAUUAAGAGUCACUUGCCUCUCGAACUGUUACCGACAGUGGUAAACAGUACCUGCAAGAUUAUUUACGUCGCAAGAAAUCCAAGAGAUGUGGUAGUCUCGUGGUACUUAUUAGAGAAUUUGGAAUGGUAUCAGGGAACUUUCGCACAGUACUGUGCUAAUUUCAUUAAUAAUCAGACGAUUUGGAGUCCCUAUUGGGAACAUAUAAAGGAAGCUUGGGCGAUGAGACACAGAGCAAAUAUGAUGUUUCUCUUCUAUGAAGAUCUGAUAAAGGACUUACCUAAAAACAUAAGAAAAAUUGCCGCAUUCUACGGUAAAAAUUACAGCGAUGAGCAGAUCGCCAAGUUAGCGGAGCAUUUGAAAAUAGAGAAUUUCCGAAAUAAUUCAAUGGUGAAUCAGCCGUCUGCUAACGCUCCCGUCAAAUCAGAUAUAUUCAUCCGACAAGGAAAGACUGGUGGUUGGAAAAGUAUGUUUACACCGGAGAUCGAGGACAAAUUUAGCACGUGGAUCGCUGAUAAUUUAAAAGAUACUGACUUGACUUUUCCAAGUUAAGUUUGUUACAAUUUAGUUGUAUCCAAUCACAUUUUAAAUAAAAAGAAAAUACCAUUAAGGACUUUCCGACCAAAA